AUGAACUCUGACUACCCUCCUUUAACCCGUCAAGGAGCGCAACUCAUACCUCCUGUUGCCGAGGGCCCUCAAGUUCCCCCAAAAGAAAAUGGAGCGAACGAGAAGAGAAAGAAGCUGCCCCAUCUCAACAAACCAUCCAAACGAGGCCCGCCCCACAGCUCAAGCAACCUGUCAAUCAUUUGUCCCAAUGGAGAUGUGAUUAUCGAGUACGUCGAGUCCUCGUCGACCGGCAAUCGAUACUGGCAAGUAUCCAGUCAAGACCUCAUGCACAAUAGUCCAUAUUUCAAGGCCCUCUUGGACCCAAACAAGUUCGCUGAAGGCAGACUCCUCGCGGAAUACCAACGAAGAAAAGCGCCAAAUGGGGCUGAUCUGACCUCCAGUGUCAACACGGAUGGCAGCUUUAACGCUCUGGAUCCUGAUUUACCCAUAGUCAAGCUCUCUGAAACUCAUCUGACGAGACUAUGCGGGGCAGAAGCCAUCGAAUUAUUUCUGAGAAUCCUCAGCGCAGAGGGCUUGGGCAAGGACAAACAGGUGAUUUUCGACAGUGAGCUGAAAGUGAUGCCUCCAUCAAUUAUUGCAAAGACAAUCGAGAUCGCCGAGUCUUUCAGCUCACCAAAUAUUGUCAAGCAAACUCUCAAAAGAGCUUGGUAUAUGUUUGGCAGGACUAAGAUCUCUUGGAACAAAUUUGGCGCCCCCGUGUUGAAGCAUACGGAGGAGCGUGUGCGGCAAAAUAUUGUCAUUGCUGAAUUCAUUGGAGACCAUUCGAUCGCAAAGGUCAUGAUGCACACACUGUUGGUCAUGGGAUCGAAAUAUUGGGAUGGCCGUCCAGAACCACUUGAAGCUGAUCAUCUUCGAUGGCAAUAUCUCCCCGACGGGGUAGAAGAGGAGCUGUACUACCGGCGACAAUGUGUUAUGAACACCAUCACCGAUUUGCAAGCCCAUUUCCUUCGCGUCUACGGGGGUCUUGAAGAGAUUCCCAAGACCCACGACUUCGUGGUUGCAUCAACUCGACCCACCCUGGGCACGACAUUCUCUACCUCAAUUUCCCAUCGUGAAUAUUUAAAAUACCAGUGUCGGGCUGGGUUCGGCAAUGGAAGCCAGUGCGAUCUGUUCCACUUGGGCCAAAUGACUCGAUUCUUCGCGCUCAAAUCCAAGAGUAUUUUUCUGGGGUCUACCUUGAUUGAUCCCGAUUUCAGUCUAGAUGAAGACGAAGAUGACGAGCAAAAUGGGACAGCACAGUCAAUAGCCUAUACAACUCCACCCUCAGAUAUAAUCUCCCUCUUUGCAUCCUUGAAGCAAUAUCCAGAUUACCAAAUCGACACAAGCCACCAUGGCUGCGGAGUACGACGUCGAAUUCUUCCUGUGCUGAACUGUAUUGAAAAGUACAUUCUGGAUCCACGAGGUCUUCUCGGUAUUGAUUACAGGGAGUGGAAAGAUUCCUCCAAACGUUCACAAAUUCAAUGGGGCAGCAAGACUGGCCGCGAGGGACCUAUUGUGGACAUCCGCUUUGAAAAGAUUGUCGGCAUUCACAUGCCGUCGCCCAAUGCUUCUUUUGUUUCAGCUACUACCUCGGAAGACGAGGCGAGGUUUUUAUUCACUGCCAAGAAGCGGAACUGGGAAUCCUACGAGGGUCCUUCGCGCCCAGGGGCCUAA